AAUAAAAUUUCACACAAGGGGGAAUAACGUUUGUUUGUAGUGACCCUGCAUAAAAGGCUUUGGAAUCCGCCUUUUCCUCAUACCAACUGCUCUCUCUCUCUCUCUCUCUCUCUCUCUCUCUCGGCUCUCGGUGCAGAGAGAAAUGGGUUCUCACUUAUGGAGCGUGGUCCUUCUAGCGCUCGGUCUGAUGAUGGUGUCUGGAACAACGGGUGCUGCACCCAGGAAGCCUGUUGAUGUUCCAUUUGGUAGAAACUAUGCUCCUACUUGGGCUUUCGACCACAUUAAGUACUUCAAUGGAGGCUCUGAGAUUCAGCUCUCCCUGGACAAGUACACUGGUACUGGGUUCCAGUCAAAGGGAUCUUACUUAUUCGGCCACUUCAGUAUGCAAAUAAAGAUGGUUCCUGGAGAUUCUGCUGGGACAGUGACUGCUUUCUAUUUGUCUUCUCAAAACGCGGAGCAUGAUGAGAUAGACUUUGAGUUCUUGGGGAACAGAACAGGGCAACCCUACAUUUUGCAGACAAAUGUGUUCACUGGAGGGAAGGGGGACAGAGAACAGAGAAUAUAUCUGUGGUUCGACCCAACCACACAAUACCACUCUUACUCUGUUUUGUGGAAUCUCUACCUGAUUGUAUUCUUUGUGGACGAUGUACCGAUAAGGGUGUUCAAGAACAGUAAAGAUUUGGGAGUGAGGUUUCCAUUCAACCAGCCAAUGAAGAUAUACUCAAGCCUAUGGAACGCGGACGAUUGGGCCACAAGGGGUGGUCUGGAGAAGACAGACUGGUCUAAAGCUCCUUUCGUGGCCUCCUACAAGAGCUUUCACGUGGACGGCUGCGAGGCCUCCGUGGAGGCCAAGUUCUGCGACACUCAGGGAAAGCGUUGGUGGGACCAAAAGGAAUUCCAAGAUCUCGACGCGGCUCAGUACCGGAGGCUCCGUUGGGUCCGCCAAAAGUACACCAUCUACAACUACUGCUCCGAUCGAACCAGAUACCCAACCAUCCCCCCUGAAUGCAACAGAGACCGUGACAUUUAAGACCCACAACAACACAACAAACUAUAAUAAUAUUCAACCCCCCGCCCCACUAUAAAAUCUAUUAAUAUUAUUACUUAAUUACUGCAUAUUAUAUAUGUGAAGGGGAAGGAAGGAAGGAAUUACUAAACCAACCAUAAACUCUCUCUCCGAGGCUGGCUGGCUGGCCGAGCCCAGCUGCCACUACUCUUUCGAGGGAGCAUGGUUGGUUGAUGGGGCUUUUCUUUCAAUAAUUGUUCCUGUGUAUUGUCAACUUUGUUUUGUUUGUUUGGUUGGUCGGUAGGUUGGGACAUUAUGGAUCAUGGGGGAUGGGGUCUUUAUGGUUUUCUUUUAUGUUGGUUUUACAAUUCCACAUUAUGGAAUGGGUAGUAGUGGCAGCAGCAGCAGCAUAGUAGUAUAAUAUAUUGAUUCCCGGAUGUAGAUGGUGAUAGCAUGUGGACUACGCAUCAUCCCUCAUGAGUGCCCUUCUGCUGCUUCUAUGUUUUUGUAUUGUAAUAAUUCUUUAUCCAACUCCCUGUUGUAUUUCUUAUUUGUUAGUAUAUUAGUUGUUGAAGAUACAAAUCUUAUAUAAUUUAUGGCUUGUAUGAUUUGUGGUUGAUUUUAUUCCAA